AUGAAUGCACAUUUUGGAAUUUUGAUUACCAGUGCAGCUCUCAAAGAUAAUCACUUAUUUGUGGAGGACAUGUGGAACAAUUUCUAUGGUAAACCUUUAUAUCGUGUCGCAAUGAGUAAAGAACGUUUUCGGUUUCUUACAAACUGUAUUCGCUUUGAUGAUAAAAGCACAAGGGAUGUCAGGAAAGUCAGCGAUCCAUUUGCUGCAAUUAGAGAAAUUACUGAUAUGUUUGCGUCUAACUGCCAAGAAAUGUAUACUCCAUCAACAUGUUGUACAAUUGAUGAACAGCUAUUAGCCUUUCGUGGACGAUUCCCAUUUAGAAUGUAUAUACCAAAUAAGCCAGCCAAAUACGGCAUCAAACUAGUGCUAUGUGACAGUAAAACAUUUUAUGCUGUUAAUAUGAUACCCUACGUUGGAAAGGCAACACAUAAUGGUGAAAUUCCUUUGGCAGACUAUUUUGUGAAAGAAUUGUAA